GAGCCGGGCAAUCCCUCGCCGCGCAAGGCUCAGAAAUGCAAAUCGCUGCCGCUGCCUGCGGCUCUGUACAAUGGAAGGGAGGGAGGAAGGGAGCGAGAGAGAGGGAGGGAGGGAGGAAGAGAGAGAGAGUGAGAGAGAGGGAAGGCGAGGAGGAGAGGGGGGAGCCCCAUUGGCGGGGAGGCUGCUCGCCCCGGCCCAGCCCCGACGACGCGGCGGGUCCCCGGAGCGCCCCCCUCCUCCGCGCCGCCUCGCCGUGCGCCCUGCCCAUGCUUCCAUGUCCAUUCCUAUCAGGUGUGAGAUGCCAGGCGACAUCUCAGUGGCUCCCCCUCCUGCAAUCAAGGACUGAAGCAUGUGAACAGGAGCACCAUGGAGGGUGCAGAUUACCAGUUGCCUUCUGCCAAUCCAGGUAGUGUGGCCCUUCCUUCCCCCUCCUCCUCAUCUUCUGGCGACGGAGCGGACGCCCUGGCCUUCAACGGGGAACUGGACCUGCAGCGCUACUCUAAUGGGCCAGGGGGGUCAGGAGGCGAGGCCCGCCCUUACCCAUGCCCCAUCUGUGGCAAGCGUUUCCGUUUCAACAGCAUUCUGGCCCUGCACACGCGCAUCCACACUGGGGCCUACCCCCUCACCUGCCCUUACUGCGGUCAUCGGGCAGGGCAGCGUGCCAGCCUGCGCCUCCACCUGCGCUCUCACUGCCCCGAGGCCCGCGCCCGCCUUGGCCACCAGAGCCGCCUGCUGCUUGAGUUGGAAGAGCGGGCACUUCUACGGGGCAAAGAAGAAGAGGAGAAGGAAGAGAGGGGGGCUACUGCCCCACGCCCAACCCUGCCCGCCUUCCGCUGCCCUUUCUGCAAGGGAAAAUUCCGCACGGCGGGUGAGCGAGAGCGCCAUCUGCGCAUCCUUCACCAGCCAUACAAGUGUGGGCAGUGCCCCUUUGCUGCCACCCAGGAGGCCGAUCUUCAGUGGCACAAUCAGCAGGCUCAUGGCCUCCCUGCCAACAGGCCGCCCACUCCUCCUGCCCCUGUCCCUGCAGUCCCACCCACUCCUCCUGCCUCUACCCCUUCUGCUCCCCCAGCUGCCACACCGACUGAGUUCCGCUGCCAGGUGUGCGGUCAAGCCUUCACCCAGUCCUGGUUCCUCAAGGGUCACAUGCGCAAGCACAAAGACUCCUUUGACCACAAGUGCCAGGUCUGCGGGCGUGGUUUCAAGGAGCCCUGGUUCCUCAAAAACCACAUGAAGGUUCAUCUCAGCAAGCUGGGCCUUCAGAGCGAACAAAGGGGGCCCGGAACGGGACGGUCCCCACAGAGCUUACUCGUGGGAUGCGAGGCCCUCUACCCUUCGCUCCUGUCCCCGCGGCCCACAGACAAGGCCAGCACAGGUAAUUUCCUUGGCUACGGUGAUGCCAGCUGCGCUGAGAGACUGCAAGCCACAGCCCGGGCAGUGGAGAGCAGCCAACAGUGGAGGGAGCGCCCUUAUGCGGGGGAGCCCAAGCUAGCGAGAGAGAACCCCGGAGGCACCCAUCGUUGUCCGGACUGCACACGGAGCUUCAGCACAUUCCAGCAGAUGGUGCUGCACCGCCAAAGCCACCUGUCCCGAGACAGGGAGUGGAGCAAGGGACAGUCACUGGGUUCUCACCUUCUCACUGGACACUGGCUGCCCACAAAUGUCAGAGCCUCUGCUAGCAACAACACCAGCCCCACCCUGCUGACCCACGGGGAAAAGGAUGCGCAGGGGCAGCCACGCCUUGAUGGAUCCCGUCGGGGCUCUGGGAAAGAUUGUCCAUUCUGUGGGAAGUCCUUCCGAUCAUCCCACCAUCUGAAGGUGCACCUCCGUGUUCACACAGGCGAGCGCCCGUACAAAUGCCCUCACUGUGACUACGCUGGAACUCAGUCUGGCUCUCUCAAAUAUCACCUGCAGCGCCAUCACAGGGAGCAAAAGAGCGCUGCUGCAGCAGCUGCCGCUGCUGCCACAGGGACACUGGAACGGUGCCACAUACCCCUCGCUCCCACUGCAGUCUCUGCCUUUCCCCAAACGCAGCUUGCCAAGAGCCAUGGGCCCUUCCUACCCCUGGGGGGCUUGGGUUCCACUCGAUCUCGUCAGUCCCGUCGCAAACCUCUGCUUAACGGGAAGGCCGACUUCCAGCCCUUGGACCUGUCGCUGCGCCCAGCCCUGGCUGGAGGGGCCCUCCACCGCUGCCAGUUCUGUCCCUUUGCCACCUCAGCUCCCGAGCUCAUGGAAUUACACCUUCAGGUGCACCAUAGUCGAAAGUCCCGAACCCGCCGCUGCUCUCACACUGCCCCUAAGCCCCGUGUGGUGGUGCAGGAGGAGGAGCCAGAGAUACCUGAGCCCCAGAGUCCCCAGCUGAAAGAAACCAAGUCCCUAAGUCCAAAGGGGGAGACGACCAAACUCCAGAAGUUCUGGCAUUUGGAAGACCAAGAUGAGCCUCCCAGGCCUGAGGUGCCUCGAAGGAAGCAGUCCUCUGAUGAAGCAGUGGUGGUCACCAGUCUUUCUCCUGGAGCUAAGCAGGAUUGGGAUGACCUCUCUCAAGACUCUGAGGAGCCAAUCCCCGAGGAGGAUUUGCCUGGCCCCCUGGUCCCAAAGAGGGCAGCUCACCAGGAGGCAUCUAAAGCAGGCCAAGGCCUAAUGGAGUUGCAGUUGGAGCCAGUGCAGGCUUGAGGAUAUCUACUCUGCAUUUUUAAACCAGUUUCAAACCUGUUUAACUGUCAUGGCAACUCCUGACCCAAAGGACUCUGGGAACUGUAGUUCUGUUCUCAGCAGUCAUACAGAACUACAAUUCUCAGACUUCUAGAGGGAGGAGUUGAAGAGGGGCUUCGUAGCUUAGAGCUUUGCAUGCAGAAGGCCCCAGGUUCCAGCAAUCCUUGGCCUCUCCAGUUAAAAGAGGCUUGCGUUUUUGGAGAGACGCUGCCUGUCAAAGCAGACCAAACUGACCUAGAUAGACCAGUGGUCUGAUUCCAUAUAAGGCAACUUCCUACAUUCAUUAGACAGUUAAACCAGUUUCAAACCUGUUUACAUUUGUAGUAUAGAUGUGCCAAGACCAGGGAGGCAAAUAGAAAGACCCUGCCCCGCAAGUGACAGGGUUACAUACCCAUCUGUGAGGUGUUGGGGCCGGAGGUAGUGAGGUUGUCAAACUUUUCCUGAAGUCAGUCUCUCUGCCUUUUAACAGCAACGAGACAGACGGGCAUUUAAGAGGUGCAUGUCCUCUCUGUCACUGAAGCUGUUAAAGGCAUAGGAGCCCUGAGAGGAAAAAGUAAUCAUUGAAAAAGUUAAGGUAGAGGCUGUGAUAUGGCUGGGGUGCCGGGCCGGUGAAAGGCAGUGAUACUGUAGCAGUCUUUUUAAAUCAACAGGGUUUUGAGGUAAGGCAGCUGGAGUACAUGAGAUUCCAGCCCCUUGCUCACUUGCUCCUUAGAUCUGGGCUUGAUGCUGCUGCUUUUGGGGCACCACUGUCUAGAGAGUCUGGCCCUUUCACAAUCUAAAUUCUUGGCACCAGGGCAGGUUUGAGAGGCCUCCUGUGGGCCAGGACUCCUAUAAGCUGACCCGUUUUGUAAAAGGGAGGAUUACUGCAGGUGCCACUUUCCCUUCCAUGGUGCCACUAUGGUGGGAAAAGCUGUACCUGCCCAAUUUCUCCUUUCUCUGUUGGUAUUAAGGGUGGAGGAGCUGUACCCCUAGGAAUGUGGUUGACCCUGAAAUGCCACAGAGGCAGAGUGGGCCAUAGGGUGCAGCAGCCACUCUUGGCCUGAGGAGACUUAAUCCUUCUGAGCACCUACGUGUGAGGCAGUCCAUCUACAGAGCAAGUGGGGCCACAAACUCAUGUGCUUGGCAAGUGACCUGGUUGCCAGUAUCUUGUCUCUGUAGUGCCCCAGCAGCAGAGCUUUGUUUCUGUAGUAAUCUGGCACAGCAGGGAACUUGACAACUUCUAGAGUUUUCUAUUUUUUUAUUGUUUUUUCUUGUAGAAAAAUUGAAACUGGAAAUAAACAUUAAAACGAGAAAA